AUGAGCGAAACGCGCUGGGACGCGCUGCAGGACUAUCGGCUGGAAACGCAACAAGCCCAAAACUCGCGCUAUGUGACGCACAUUGUUGAAGACCCAGACCAGCCACCCUCGGCUCCCUCACGAGUUGAGGUCUGGAAGACAUCUAGGGUUCCGAUUGGAGAGGGCGGCCAGGGAAAGGUGUAUUUACAAACCUGCGUGAGCGGUGGUAGGCACCAUAAACUACGAGCCCUGAAAACGAUACAGUGCGACGGAGAGGCUGGAAAGAAGCGACAAGUACGGGAAUUGGAAACGAUGGUCAAGUUCUCACACGAAAGGUAUUCCAAAUAUUUCGUCCGGAUGUUGGGGUGGUACGAAUUCGACAGGAACCUGUGUAUUGCGAUGGAGUAUUUCCCCGAAGGUGAUUUGCAAUCCUACCUCCGUGAUCGAGCACGGUUAAACGAGGGAGAGACCCGGGAAGUGAUAAGCCAAGUGCUACAAGGUCUGGCUAUUAUGCACAAGUCUGGGCUUGCGCACCGAGAUAUCAAACCACAAAACAUUCUGAUUCAACAGUGCCCGAAGCCGAACGCUCCUGCUUCGUGGUGGGUCAAACUGGCGGACUUUGGCAUCAGCAAGAGAACGGACUCAAUGUUUACCGUAGCCGGGGGGGCAGUUGGCACUCUCCAGUACAUGGCCCCUGAAAUCGUCGAUAGGUCCGAGACAGAUUCGGACCUGAAUUACCAAUCAACCGAUAUAUGGGCUGUUGGGGCCAUGACUAUGUAUAUAUUGACGGGUGUACGCGAUUUCCGGAAGCGGCGUCUUGAAUGCAAAGAGAUACAGGACGCAGGCAACAUCCUACCGCAGGGAUACGAAAUGAGCUUAGAUGGGUUGGAUUUCGUUUUCAAAUCAUCGUUUAAAAGCCCGAGCGAGAGACCGAAAAUCGACGAGAUGAUAGCGCAUCAGUGGGUGAACCAACUCAUGCCCAGGUUGGCUAUUCCGGCUGUACCAUUCACGAACAAUGAUGACUCUGUGCCCUCAUCUCCCGAUAGCUUGUUAGGCAGUGAAGAAGAAAUAACGGACCUGGCAACGAAGCUCACCGAGACGGGCUUGGAGUAUAAGCCCGCCAUUGAGACUCCCGAUAAACUUGAUAAAGGCAAAACCGUCGAGAAGAUCACAAAGCCUGCCGCGUUAGACUAUCUAAUUACGCCUGAGGAGAAUACGAUAAAAAGUGAAUUGGCCAAUUCUCUUCUCUCCGCGGUUAACAAGGGACACUGUGAGCUGGCCGAGCAGCUCCUGGAUAUGGGAGCUGACCUGGAAGCUCGAGAUAAACGCUCGAGCUCACCGCUAUAUAUCGCCGCAUACCGUGGGCAUGCAAAGAUAGUCGAGCUUCUUCUUGGCAGAGGAGCCAGCGUUGCAGCCGCCAAUAUCGAACGAUGGACGCCUAUCAAUGUGGCAGCCUCAUUUGGGCGUCUGCAAAUUGUGAGAGUUCUAUGGGAGAACGGGGCCAACAUAACCACGCCCAAUCAGGAUGGAUGGACUCCUAUAUAUUCAGCGUCUCGGUAUGGGCAUAUCAACGUGGUAGAGUUUCUCGCUGAUAAGGGGGCUGACAUCGGCAAACGAGACAAUUACGGAAUGCCCCCUCUACUGGCAGCUGCCAGUCACAACUAUGUUAAUAUAGUAGCACUCUUAUCUGACAGAGGGGCUGAUUUCAUCAGUUCAGAUGACCAGGGGCAGACCCCUCUGUUUGUGGCAGCUCUCAAUGGAUAUGUUGAGCUUGUCCAACUACUGAUUGGCAAAGGUGCUGCCACAGUGUCAACGGGGGCUGGCGCAUCGAUCCCUCUUUACGCGGCGGCCCAUAACGGACAUAUUGAUGUCGUGGAGCUGCUUUGUGAGGCAGGGGCUGAUAUCAAGGUGUGCGAUGAGGCAGGGCAGACUCCCUUCACUGCAGCAGCCUCGAAUGGGCACAAGGACACAGUCAAGUUACUGAACCACGCACAAACAUCGCGCUUGAUCAGACAUAACAACUUCCAGACCUUGACUAGCAAAUGCGCCAAGGUGCGCUUGGCUAAUAUACCGCGAAGGUUAAUCUACCACUCCACGUCAUCCAAGUCCUCCACCGAAUACCUCAGCGAUGCGUCGAAGCGUAAAUUGUUCGCUGUGUCCAUAUCAGAAGAUGAGUCCAGCAAGGGAGCAGACCGGAUAUUUUGGGUUCUGCACAGCGGCGCGUCAAAAACUGGCGCUGUCCUCGCGGCUGGAGGCGAGAUCGCGAAGGGAAUCCAAACAACCACACUGGAUACAAUAAUCAAUGUUGCGGCCCUCCGAGGGACAAAGGAGGCAAAGAAGGAAAUACCCGCUACUAUGAUAUUACGAGCAGGUCUAACGGAGGAUGGGCUGACCGUCAUAUUCCGUUUCACGGUGAAUCACGUCUUUGAGUGGAGACGGGUAGUGAAGGAUGAAGGAGUUCUAGGCAGCCCAAGAGAAUUCAAGCUCUAUCGCCUGGACGAGCCGGGAAUAGAAAUGACAGAUCCCAGAGUCCUCGACAAGGCGAGCGCUGAAUCAGUGAAAAGUGAUCCGUUGGCGUCCUUCCGCAUGGAUGGCGAGCCUGGUGACUUCAAAGCGUUCAAUCUUAAGAUUUUAACGGCUUUGAGUAACCGUGAGGCUUUGAUGGCUCUCAGCACAUCUUUGUCUAUUAGGAGCCUUACGAAAAAGGGGCGGGCAUCAGUCAACUAUUUGAGGGCCAUCAUUGGUUUCGAUCUGAUUUAA